AUUGAGGAUAUCUCAAAGCGCGCCAUCAGGGACCAAGUCGGCGGAUUGUUGGGGGAAAUCUGCGUUGCCGCUGCCGCGUUUUUUCCUUCCUUCCCCGCGGCGAGCAGAAUGCAAGAAGCCCGCAGUCCUCCUCAGAGUUGCCGGAGCGUGAGGACCCAGGAGACCCAGGAGACCCAGGUGUGAGUCUUCCCUCCCCCGCUCCAUCCCCAUGGCCAUGGUGCUGCUGCCCUGCCUCUGCACCCUGCUCUCCCUGGACCUGCUGCUGAGGGCGGAGGCUGCCGUGCCCCUGGAGGACUUCUACCCCUUCGGUCUGGACCAGGGGGACUCUCAGACCGUGGCCCAGGACGACGGAGGCUCCGGGCUGGUGGAGAUCUCCGUGGCGUUCCCCUUCUUUGGAGACCGCCACUCGGGACUCUAUGUGAACAACAACGGCCUGGUCUCCUUCCUGAGGGAGGUGUCCCAGUUCACACCUGUGGCCUUCCCCAUCGCCGGCGACCGUAGGGCGGUGGCGCCCUUCUGGGCCGACGUGGACAACCGGCGGGCGGGGCGAGUCUUCUACAGGGAGAGUCGGGAGUCGUCCAUCUUGAGCAGGGCCGCCGCCCACGUCAGGAUCUACUUCCCCGACUUGUCCGACUUCAACGCCACCUGGGUCCUGGUCUGCACCUGGGACCGAGUCACCUUCUUUGGCGGCGGCGCGGACACGCCGGUAAACACUUUCCAGGCGGUCCUCAUCACAAACGGAGAUCUUUCCUUCACCAUAUUCCAGUACAACAACAUCACCUGGACCACCGGCAAGCACGCCAGCAGCGGCGGCGACCCAGCGGGCCUGGGAGGCAUCGCGGCGCAGGCAGGCUUCAACGCCGGCGACGGCCGGCGCUACUUCAACAUCCCCGGCUCCCGCACGGCCGACGUGGCCCACGUGGAAGGCACCACCAACGUGGGCUACCCGGGCCGCUGGGUCUUCCGCAUAGACGACGCCAACGUGGAGGUGGGCGCUUGCAACAACUCAGCCUCGGUGUGUCCACACCUGAGACCGUGCGUGAAUGGCGGCCAGUGCAUUGACGACUGCAUCCCGGGCAACCCCUCCUUCACCUGCUCCUGCUUGGCGGGCUUCACCGGCAGACGAUGUCACAUCGACGUGGACGAGUGCGCCUCGUCGCCGUGCAGGAACGGCGGGACCUGCCAAGACCGGACCAACGGCUUCGCCUGUGGCUGUCCACCUGGAUACACGGGGACUCGGUGUGAAACAGACGUGGACCGGUGCGGAGGCGUGCCGUGCUUCAACCAGGCGCUUUGCGUGCCGGGCCCAGGCAACUUCACCUGCGUCUGCCAGCCCGGCUACACCGGGGUCCUGUGUGAGACAGGCGUGGACAGGUGUGAGUCGCAGCCGUGUUUGAACGGAGGCCAGUGCGUCCGUCGGGCCGCAAACUUCACCUGCCUUUGUCCCGCCCCCUUCACCGGCCUCGCCUGCGAGUCAGAGCUGAUGGAGCUGCAGGUCAACUCCAGCCAGUCCCAGAACCAAACAGAGAAGCGGCAGACGUGCGAGCUGAGCAGCUCCGGGGCGUACCGCUGCACGUGCGGGCCAGGAUACUACGGAGACACCUGCCAAGAGGAGUGCCUCUGCCAGAACGGCGGCGUGUGCGUGGACAACAACGGGACGUGCGAGUGUCCCGCAUCCUACACUGGCCUCUACUGCCAGCUGGAGAUGACACAGACGCCGUGCGGCAACAACCGGCCGUGUCCUGACGGAGGUCCGUGUUUGGAGUACGGAGGAGCGUACCUGUGCACCUGCCAGACCAGCACCUCAGACCUGGAUCACAGGGACCUGUACCCUUAUGUACAGCCCCGCUCGGUCUGUGACUCCACGCCGUGUCUGAACGGCGGCUUCUGCUACGAGCGCCAUGGCGGCUACACCUGCCAGUGCACGCACGGCCACUGGGGGAAGCACUGCGAGAAAGUGCGCCUCAACACCUGUGCGUCCGCUCCGUGUCGCAAUGGCGGCUCGUGCAGGGAGGAGGGGGGCAGCUACAGGUGCGUGUGUCCCUACAGGUUCACCGGCAGACAUUGUGAAGUAGGCAAGCCCGACCCGUGCUGGUCCGGCCCGUGUGAGAACGGCGGCACCUGCUUCCACUACAUCGGCAAGUACAAGUGCGAAUGUACACACCUCUUCAGCGGCAGACACUGCGAGAUCAGCAGCGGCGCCGCGCACGCAGAGGUGGGCUGUGGGACACCUCCACAGGUGAAGCACGCCCAGGUCCACUUCUCCUCCACCACGUCUGGCUCGCUGGCUGUUUACAUGUGCCAGGCCGGCUUUGUGGCCGUGCCCAGAACCACUCACACCUUCUGUGGAGGCCAAGGACACUGGAGUCAGCCACCCGUCUGUGAGGAGAUGAACGAGUGUGUGUCACAGCCGUGCGUGAAUGGCGGCACGUGUCACGACCUGGAGGCGUCUUACCUGUGUGAGUGUGAGGACGGCUUCAGAGGCACACAAUGUCAGACAGACGUGGACGAGUGCGUGUCAGACCCCUGCAAGAACGGUGGAACGUGUGAGAACCUUCUGGGCUCCUACUUGUGUUACUGUCCACCAGGCAUCACAGGACACAACUGCCAGAAAGAGCAGGACAGCUGCGAGUCCAACCCCUGCCUAAACGGAGGUGUGUGUCGAGGCUCCAGGGGGUCCUACGUGUGCGCCUGCAAGGACGGCUUCUUCGGGGACCGGUGCCAAAUGUUGGACGACCCCUGCGUGCUGCAUCCCUGCGGGAGCCGAGGCGAGUGCCGGAGCGACAGGAGAGGGAACUACAAUUGUGUUUGCAGAGCAGGACACACUGGGAAAGACUGUGAGAAAGAUCUGCUGCCCCCUUCUGGCCUCCACGUGCAGCGCGUAGAGGAGAAGGAGGUGGAGCUGCGCUGGGACGCGCCCGAGGCCUCGCCCAGCCCGCUCAGCGGCUUCGUGGUCACGCACGCGCCUCAGGGCCGCAGCAAUCGCAAGGUGGACUUCCUGGACAGGUACCAGUCGUCUCACGUCCUGCGAGGUCUGCUGCCAGGUCUGCUCUACAACAUCUCCACCUACUCCAUCAAACGCAACACCAACAGCGACGACUUCAGCCAGCCCGCCACAGCACUCAUACGCACUCGACCUCGGCGGGCGGAGCUUCUGCAGGUGGUGAACGUGUCGUCCUCCCAGGUGAGAGUGCGAUGGAUGGUGAAGAGCACUCGACACAGCAGGACCCUCCUCACCCUCUCACUCUCUGAUGGCUCUCAGCACCACUCUGCUCUGCUCAACUCCACCACCACCGACUACACCUUCAGUUCUUUGCUUCCUGCUCACAUGUACUCAGUGGACGUGUUGACUCAAAGUGGACUUGAUGACUUCCCCUCCACCAGUCACCCUGCUGGGCCUCUGCACUUCUGGACAAGGCCCCUCCCCCCACAGAACCUCUCCCUGUCCCAGGUGACCACCAACUGGGCUCAGGUCACGUGGAGUCCAGACCCCGGGCACCUGCCGGACGGCUUUGUGGUCAACGUGACCCGGGGUCUGACCACCAGGAGCCGCUUCCUGCCCGGCGGCCUGCUGGGGUCCUACACCCUGCGGGAGCUGACCCCGGGUCAGCACUACCGCCUGGCCCUCACCUCCGUCAAGACCACGGGACAGGAGCAGGUCCACAGCAAGCCUCAGCACCUGGACUUCACCACCUUGCCCAUGGAGGCCAGGUCUGCAAGGAGAGAGCGACCCGGCGGGACGGGACGAAGGCCCUCUGACACUCAGGAGCCGGUGGGCGGAGCAGAACCGAGGGAGGGGCCAAGGUACACAGAGCUCAUAGACAGGAGGAGGAAGAUCACCGCCAAGUUCUCACACUUGCCAAGAAAAGUCCUUCGACAUCGGAAGAAGCCCGAGCCGCUAGUUCGCUUGGAGAGGAUGGAGGAGACCAGCAACAAAGUCAGUCUGGCGCUGGAGGUCCGAGAGGAGGCUUCCAGACCCAAGCCUGACUGUCGCAGUCGGCCGUGUCUAAACGGCGGAACAUGCCGGAACGACUCGCUGCUCUGUCAGUGCACCGCCGGCUUUAAAGGCAGACAGUGUCAACUGUCGUGCCAGCGAGUGCCCCACCCGUGCACCCGCCUCUACUCGGAGACCAAGAGCGUGCCCGUGUGGGAGGGCGGCGUGUGCCACUACCUGUACAGGAGGACCUACAAGGUGCAGCAGGACGUCUGCUACAGAGAAAGCUGCCAGACCCCCGACACCGGUCCAGCUCCGUGACGCCGCCACACUUUCUCUCCUGGUGUUUUUGACGUACUUGAAGUGAGCGACGGUGCUCACGUUGAUGCUGCGGAACCCUGUCAGAACACACUGAAGAACCUUCUAGGCUGGAGGAAGAAGGACACUCAUGACUGGUCCACUGCACUUGUGAUGACACUUCAUCGUUUCAACAAGUCACAUGAAUUCAUCCCCGCCUCCCUCUGACCAGUGUUUUCCCUGUAAAAUACUUUGUUUUGUUAUUAUUAUUAUUAUUAUUAUUAUGUAUUAGCAGGCGUCACUGCUCGUUGUGCUGUAAAUAAUGUUCAUAGGCCAUUUUGUAGCUGAAU